AAAUCUCCCGGAAACCCUAGAAAUAUCUCUCCAUCGCAAGAAACCCUUUCGAUCUGUUGUCUCAAUCGCUAGAUCUCAUCCUGCGACUUCAGAUCCCUUCCGUUUUUUCUUCUUUUCUUUGUUUUCUAUUGUUAUUCGUCCCCUUCCAGGGGAGAAUCGUUCCAUAACUACAGUUUCGUGCUGGUGAUUUGAGGGAUUUCUUGGAUCCGUUGUUGGAGUCCGCAAUCCGCAUGUCUGAGAGAUGUCUGUGGUGCCGAAGAACGAAAACAUUCUGAUCCGGGAAGUUUGGGAAGAAAACCUGGAGCAGGAGUUCGCGCUUAUCAGGGAGAUCGUUGACGACUUUCCUUAUAUCGCCAUGGACACGGAGUUUCCCGGGAUCGUGUGCCGGAAGGUGGGGAACUUCAAGUCGCCUUCUGAUUUCAACUACGCGACGCUGAAGGCUAACGUUGAUAUACUGAACGUGAUCCAGCUUGGCCUCACCUUCUCCGACGAGAAAGGCAACCUGCCGACCUGCAAUACUGAUAUUGGCUGCGUUUGGCAGUUCAAUUUUCGCGAGUUUGACAUCCAGAACGAUGUAUACGCUGCCGACUCUAUUGAGUUACUUUGCCAGAGCGGGAUCGAUUUCAAGAAGAAUAGAGAGAGCGGCGUUGACGCCCUUCACUUUGCUGAGCUAAUUAUGUCUUCUGGUAUCGUUCUUAACGCGGACAUCCAGUGGAUUACGUUCCAUAGUGGUUAUGACUUCGGCUAUCUUCUUAAGCUUAUCACAUGUAAAAGCCUACCUGAGACGCAGUCUGGGUUUUUUACCCUCAUCAGGACCUACUUCCCAACAGUGUACGACAUUAAGCACCUCAUGAAGUUCUGCAACAAUCUUCAUGGUGGGCUCAAUAAACUUGCAGAGCUGAUCAAUGUGCAGAGGUUUGGGGUUAGCCACCAGGCUGGAUCUGACAGUCUCCUCACCUCCUGCGCCUUCAGGAAGCUUAGAGAAUCUUAUUUCAAUGGCUCAUUGGAGAGAUAUGCCGGUGUGUUGUAUGGCCUUGGUGUUGAGAGUGGACAGAAUACUGGUACUCAUUGAGAAUAAAAAAAUUAGCAACAAAACUUAAUAAAAAAAA